AUGUUUUUUCAUUAUAUCACUAGUGGUUAUUUGAUAAUUCUUAUAAAUCAGGUUUUAGCUAGCUGGAGACUCAUUGAUUAGAGUUUUACAGACAUGCAAAUGGUAAGCAAUAAUUGGAAAAUAUAUCAAAGCUGUUUAUUUCCAUUUGAAGUUAUAUUUUAAUACUCAACUUGUAGUGAAAAUUCACGUUAGUUUUUGAGUUUAAACCAAAAUGGACGAUAUUUAUUCAAAUCAUAUAGUUAUAAAAGUUUUCAAGCUCAAAUUAUUUUUGAUGUUUAUUUUGAUGGUGCUGAUGAUGAUGAUAAUAUUUCAAACUUAAUAGUUAAUUAUGAUAGCAAUAAAGUCUCAGAAACUGAUUAGCUACUAUAUAGAAGAGAUUAUUAAGUUAAUGAUUUAAUUUAGAACAGUGCUCAAAUAUGUCAAAGUAGUUAAAACCUUUUUGAAUUCUAUACUAUUGUAAGUACUAUUGCUAAUUCUAACACUGACGAAUUUACAAUAAAAUUUUGUUUUUCUCCUGAAAAUAGUAUUAUGUAGGUAGGGAUUAGAAAUUUAUUGAUAUAUGUCAAUACUUGUCAUCCAACUUGUUUAACUUGUAAUGGUCCUAAUGAAACAGAUUGUUUAUCUUGUUUUAACAGUCAAAUUGUCUAAGGUGGGAAAUGUUUUUGCUAUUCUGAUGACCAAUUUUCUGAAACAUAUAUAGGUUGUAGGCAAGAAUGUAGUAGAGAUUAUUCUAUAGCACGUUAUGAUAAAAUAUGUGUGAAUGAUAAUAGAAUAUAAUCAAAAUUUACUUUAUUCGAAGCUAACAGCAUCCCUCAAUCAAAUCAAAGAUAUUUUCCUUUUAUAUUUGUAAAAGAUGAAUUUAAUACAAAAAAUACAGAUUUGAUAUAUGAGGAUUGCCUUGGAAUUGAUUUUAUUGGAAAAUUGUAAUUUAAUGAAGGAAUGCUAUAUUAAAUGAAUCUUGAAAAUACUGUUAAAUUUUUAAGAAUUCGUAUUACAUUUUAUUUGUUUAACUUUUAAGAGACAAGCAACAUUGAAAUCUUACAAAAUAAUUAAAUUCAAUCUAGAAUAAUUAAAACUUUAUCGAAUUUCAAUGUUGAAAAUAUGUUGAAAAUUUUUUAGAGGAAUCAAAAUUGUUAUAGUAUGAGUUAUACUUUGUUAAGGAUAGAGACGACUUUUUAACUCAAUAAUCCUAAUAUAACUCUUUUAAUUUAGGGAUCACUUCAAUAAGAAAGUGAAUCUUGGGGAUUUAAAAAUAUAACAAUAGACACAGGAUUUUGUUAAGAACAUUGCUUAGUAUGUUCAGAUUUUUCAACUUGUGCAUAGUGUGUUCCACCAUAUAUAAUAUAUAAAAAUAAAUGUGUUCCAAUUUGUCCCAUUUAUUCAUCAAAUUGUAUUGACUAUGAAGAUAUCAUUCCAUGUAUAAUAUUAUUAUUAAUUUAUCUGUAGAUUCUAGAUACUUAGCAAAAGGAUUUUAUGAUUUAAAUAUGACACUUGAUGAAAUACAAUCAUUUUAUGAUACUACAACAGAUCCAUCCUUUAGUUUAUCAACAAAAUAAAAAUUUUCUUUUUUAAAUAAUAAAAUAGUUUUGGGUGGUUUAUUAGUAUGGAAUGAUGGUUCAUAUAUCAAAACAUGGGUUAUUUAAUAACCUCAUUAUGCAGUAUCUAUAUAUUUUAAUUUAACUUAUGGAGAUGGUUACACUGGAACAUUUUCAUAUUUGAUAGGUGAUUCUUCAAGUAAUACAUGGUAAGGACCUUUUAGUAAUCCAGGUGGAGGAUAUAAUUUUAUUGGUCGUACUGGUCUUGAAAGCAUUCGAUACUUUAAUGUAAGUCUAACAAACUUUUAUACUAACAAUCUUUAUAUUGAAUUUAAAUGCGAUGUUGAUACUGCAAAUAUCACAAAAGAAUUUUGUGCAAUAUCUGAAUAUUUCAUUGUUAUUCAUUAUGUAUAAUCUUUAUUAUUAUAAUCUAGUGUCCUCCUUUUUGUUCUAGCUGUACAAGUUUAACUGAAUGUUAAGAUGGAGGUUAUACUGGUUCAAAUUGUGGAAGUAAUUAAUUUUUGGAUUUUAAUUCAACUACUGAAACUUAUAGUUGCAAAGAUUGUAAUUAACCUGGAUGUAGUCAAUGUAAAAGUUUAGAAGAUUGCACUUAAUGUGUUAAUAAUUAAUUUUAUUUGAGUAAUGGAAUUUGUUUAUGCAAUCCAUUUACAUUUUAAUAGGGAAAUGCUUGUAUUUAAUGCAAUAAAUAUUGUGAAAAUUGCUGUGGUAAUUCAUAAUAGGAUUGUAUUACUUGUGUAAGAGAUUAUCAUAGAGGUAUUCAUAGACAUUAAUGUUUAUGUUUGCCUGGAUAUUAUGAUGAUGGAAUAAAUUUACCAUGUAUUCCUAUAUGUGGAGAUUUAAUAAUAGUAUAAGAAGAAGAUUGCGAUGAUGGAAAUAAUAAUCCAUUUGAUGGUUGUCAUAAUUGUAAAUUUAGUUGUAAUUUUGCAUGUGAUAUUUGCUUAAAUGGAAAGUGUUAUUAAUGUAAAAGUGGAUAUGAAGUUUAUAAUAAUGACUGUCGCUCUAUUUGUUUAGGAAAUACAAUUACAUUACUUUAACAAUGUAAUGAAGAAAAAAUAAAUUGCAUUAAUUGUUAAUAUGAAUGUUCUCCUAACUGUAUAGAUUGUCAUUUUGGAAGUUGUGUUUAAUGUGAUGAGGAUAGAGGAUGGUACAUGUAAAUUGAUGGAACAUGUAAUUCCAUUUGUGGGGAUGGGAUUGUUACUAAAUUAACAGAAAUGUGUGAUGAUGCAAAUUAUAACCCAUUAGAUGGAUGUCAUUAAUGUUAAUUUUCUUGUAAUCAAUUUUGUCAUACUUGUGUCAAUUCUUUAUGUGUAAUGUGUUAAAAAGGUUAUCGAUUAAUAAAGAACAUAUGUAUUCCAUAAUGUUAGGAUGAACUAUUAGUAUUUUCUGAAUAAUGUGAAGAUGGAAAUCAAGUACCAUUUGAUGGUUGUUACAAUUGUUAAUUUUAAUGCUCAAUCCAUUGCUUAGAUUGUUAAUAUGGUAUUUGUUAAUAAUGCAAUGAAUUAAGUGGUUGGUAUUUAUAAUUAGAUGGAUCUUGCAAGAGUAUUUGUGGAGACAAUAUAAUAGUUCUUGAAAAUGAAGAAUGUGAUGAUAAUGAUCCUGAUAGUCUUUGUAAUUCAUGUUAAAUUGAAUGUGAAAUCAAUUGUUAAUCAUGUCAUAAAGGAGUUUGUAUAUCUUGUAUUUAAGGUUAUAAAUGGGAUUAUUCAUUAUUUUAAUGUGUUAAAAUUUGUGGAGAUAGCGUAUUAUAAGUAAAUUAAUAAAAAGUUUGUGAAGAUGGAAAUAACUAAUUAGAAGAUGGAUGCUAUUAAUGUUAAUUCAGUUGUUAAUAAUCAUGUACUUUAUGCACUUCAAAUGGGUGUUUAGAAUGUAAUACUAAGGGAUGGAGAUUGGAUGAACUAUAAAAUAAAUGUGAAACAAUCUGUGGAGAUGGAAUUAUUGUAUAAUAUUUUGAAGAAUGUGAUGACUAUAUAGAUGAAAACUGUUUUUAAUGUAAAUAUAAUUGUUAAGACUCUUGCUUAAUUUGUUACAAAGGAGAUUGUCUACAAUGCUAGAUAGGAUGGCUUAUAAAUUUUGAUAAGAAAUGUCAACCAUAUUAUGGAGAUUAUUUAGUUGUAGGUAAUGAAUAAUGUAAUGAUUAUAAUUCAAUAAUGUAUGAUGGUUGUUAUCUUUCCAAAUAUUAAUGUUAGGAAUCAUGUAUGAUAUGCAAAUUUGGAGAAUGUAUCAAAUGUUAAGAUGGAUAUAAAAAUUAAAUUGGGAAAUGCAUUGAAAUUUUGAAUGAUGGAUAAAUUACAGGUUAUGAACAAUGUGAUGAUAUGAAUUUAAUAGCAGAAGAUGGUUGUUUUAAUGGUUAUUUUGAUUGUCCUAGAGAUUGUGAAAAUUGUUAUCAGGGUUAAUGUAUAAAAUGUAAUAUGGAAUCAAAUUAAUUAGAUCCUUAUAAUAAUUAAUGCAUAUCAUUAUGUGGAGAUGGAUAAUUAUCAAAAAAUCAAUAAUGUGAUGAUGGGAAUUAAAUUCCAUAUGAUGGAUGUCAUUUAUGUUAAUUUUCAUGUAAUUACUAUUGUCAUACUUGUGAAAGUGGUAUAUGUACUUAAUGUUAAAUUGGUUAUCACUUAGAUUAAUAAAAAAAUACUUGUUAUAGUAUUUGUGGAGAUGGAAUUGUAUCACAUGAUGAAUAAUGUGAUAAUGAUAAUUUCAUUUCUGAAUAAAUAUGCAUAAAUUGUAAAUUAGUAUGUUAAGAAUAAUGUACAACAUGUGUUAAUGGAGAAUGUUUUUAAUGUAUUUCAAUAGGAUGGCAAUUGAGUGUUCUUAAUAGAAACUGUUAACCUAUUUGUGGAGAUUAACUAAUUUUAGGUAAUGAAUAAUGUGAUGAUGGAAACGAAAAUGAUGACGAUGGAUGUAAUUAUUGCUAGCUUCAUCUUUAAGAACAAUGUUCUUUAUAUGAAAAAGGAUAAUGUAGAGAGUGUAAUGUUGAAGGAUGGGAACUUAAUAUUAAUAGAUGCACUACAAUAUGUGGAGAUUAAUUAGUAUUAGGUACUGAAGAAUGUGAUGAUGGGAAUCUGAUUCCAUAUGAUGGAUGUUAUUAAUGCAAAUUUUCAUGUGAAGAAUAAUGUACUGAAUGUAAAAAUGGGAUUUGUUAAGCUUGCAUAAAACCAGGAUGGGUUCUUAAUUAAUAUAACAUUUGUAUUACUUAAUGUGGAGAUGGUAUUGUCAUUGAUCCAUAUGAGGAAUGUGAUGAUGGAAAUGAUAAACCAUUUGAUGGUUGCUAUUAGUGUUUAUUUUAAUGUUCAGAAGGCUGUAUUGAAUGUUAUUAAGAGUAAUGUAAGAAAUGUGAUUAUUAAUAUAAAUUGGAUAUUUAAACAGCAAAAUGUUUGAUAUAAAAUUAAAAUGAUUAUGAUUAGGAAGAAUUAAUUUAAAAGUAACUGGCUUAUUAAACAUAUUUAAGAUGUGGAGAAAAUCAAUUGUUAAUUGAUCAUGUAUGUAUUAAUCAAUGUGGAAAUGGGAUAAUGAUCAAUUAAUAUGAAGAAUGUGAUGAUGGAAAUAAUUAUGGAGGAGAUGGAUGUUCUAAUUUAUGCUAAAUAGAAGAUUCUUAUCAAUGUAUAAAUUAAUAAGACUCAUUAAGUUUAUGUACAUUUAUUAUAGCUCCUGAAUUUAAUUUGAAUAUUCUAUCUGA